UAAUUUCAUGUUGCGAAGCGUUCUAUUGGUUCGCCGGUGAAGUGACGUCACUCUCGGGCGCGUUUUAAUGUAGGCGUUUUAAAACUCUUUUCCGCACUGCAAGAGACUUCCACGCACAAUUCUGGCCGUUCCACUCUUGUAUAUAAAUAUACACCGAUCCCGAUUCUGUCUCUAUUGUCCGCUCAGCGCAUCAUAGGACUCAGGUCAUCUCACUGCUCUUAACUACAGCCAUUAUGGGCAGCAAUUAUAUCUGUUUUUUGGUCUGCAUCUUGUAUCCUUUCUUUGCGCUCACUGUCAAUGCUGAAAAAAGGACAAUGUCAUGUGACACAAUUUGCAAGGGAAUUAGAUUUCCAGGGAAAUUAGGAGGUUGCAACUGCAACUAUGUAAUCUUCACCAAGCGAUCCAGUCAAUUAAACAAAAUGAUGGAAACGAAAGAAGAAAAUAUAGAACAAUUGAGGCAUAAGAUAUUUGAAAAUAUGGAUACAGAGGAAAGUGCAGAAUACGAAUCUCAAGAUGAGAGAGCGGAGGAAAGCCAAUCAGAAUCAGCACGAAAUCUUAUAAAUAUUAUCAGAAGACGAAUCUUUCGACCAAUAAUGAGGGACUUAGAUUAUUGAUUUGCAAGUUGGUGACUUCAGGUAACUGAAGGAGAGCAGUGAGACUGUUAAAACAAUCAAGUCACUGCAAGAAGCUUGUCACGAAUAAAACUUCCAGAAGAUCAUGUAUUUCAGAAACAUCAUCGUCUUGCUCAAGGCGGCUACUCAUUUUGUGUUUAACUUAUUACUCUUAGUAUUUAAGUUUAGUUUCCUUUGCCAUGGUGUAUAGCUCUGUUUGCCAGUGUUGUGUUUCACUUCAUUUUUCUUGUACAUUUGUUCUGUAAAUAAAAUAUUAUAAAGGAUUAAAA